CUUUUUUUUCCCUUUUACCUACUGAAGAUGGCGGCGGCGGUGGUGGUUCUGAUUCUGGGGUGGGGUUAAGAGCCGGGCGUUCCUGGCGCGGAGGGCUCCCGGCACCCAGGUGAGCAAGGGCGGGGCAGGAGGUGCGGGAGGGCAGGCGCGCACCCUUGGGGGCCGAGGUGGGUGCGCUGUUUUGCAGGAAGGGUGGGCGCCGCUGGGAGAGGCUCUUCCACCCGGCGAGCAGGGGACACCUGGGCUCCAGGGGGGCGCUGAGCCUUGCACCUGGGCGAGGGAGGCGGGGGGGGCGCCUCUUGCAAACCCCCGCGCCCUCCUCCCCCCCCCGGCGUUUCUAUGGGGAUUGGAUUGGGAAAGGGAUCCUGAAGGGGAGAGGGUGGGGGAGGGGCUCGGCUUGGGCUCCAUCCCCCUCCCUUGCCAACUGAGCUUUAGCCGUAGAGAUCAUCCCAGAUUUUUAGCAGCAGGAUGGAAUUGGUGCUUCCGUUGCGAAAUAAUUAGAUAUGUGUGUGUGAUAGCCAUAUCUGUAUCCCGCUGGGAUUUCAAAGGCGAGGCUUUUAUAAGGAGGUAGUUGCUUAGAGCAGAGAUUGGGAAGGGACCCGGUGGAGGACAGGUGAGUCGGUCGCGCCAGGAUAUAUACAGGUGAAAGCAGGUCAGGGAGGAAAGGAAAGUUGCUGGAUCCAGCUGUGUUCAAAUGGAAGUGUGCUACCUUUUGAGUUACUCAGGGCUCUUUAAUUUUCUGCGGGAUGUCGGAGGGAAAGGGAGGGAUGGGGAUGAGGAAAGGAGCAGGGGAGGCAGGCAGCGCCAAGAUGGAGAGUUCUUACUUGAACCUGCUGCGUUCAAAAUGAACCGCACCAGCUUUUGAGUUACACAGGUCUAUUCCUUUCUUGCUGGCUGUUCAAGUAAGGGGGAUAAAAGUGGUGGUGGUGGGUAAAAACAAACAGUGCUAAAAUGUUGCCAUGCCUAGUUUAUGCUUCUCCCAGAGGAUUUCUCUCUUCUCCCCUCCCUCAGCCAGUUUCCUAGGACCGAAUACAGAUGAAACUGUGUCUUUGUUGCAUGGCUUAUUCUGACACUUUGAAGAUGACGUAUGACAUAUUAUGCUUCCGAUAAUCUGGAGAUUAUGCAGGGAAUGGAAGCCCUGUGCUCUGCCACUGCCAACCUUAUUUUGCCAGCUUUCGGACAUUUCCCAAAGUGCUCUUCUAGCAUAUCUCUGGAAACAUGAGGUCUAGAAUCUUAGUUUCUUAACACACAAACACCCCUUUUUGAAAUUGGAUUUUGCACCCCAAACAUGUUACGUGCAUACGUGGAACUGUGAUAUCUGUGUAGCUUUGCAUGCAACUGUUUUAACCUUGAACUAAGCCUUCGGUGUGUGAAUCGCUCAGGAACAUUGCAUGUGAGAGUCCAGUUUAUUUCUUAGUGCCAAAAUGCAGGAUGGGGUACGAAGUUAAACUAUGGAACUGCUCCCUCAGCAGGUGUUGAAGACUACUAGCCCUGGUGGCUUUAAUAGGAUGCUGGACCAGAUGGGACAUUGGUCUGAUACACCAGGUGGUUCUUAACGUUCCUAUGCAAACCUUUUUAUUCAUAAAUAUAGGGGUUGGACUGGGACCAGGGACAGCUGAACGCCACAACCCACCACACGGGUGACUUUGAACCAGUUGCACAACAUUCAUAUUCUCUCUCUCGCUGCUUAACCUUCUUCACAAGGUCACAGUGAGGAUAAAAUGGGGGCUGAUGGGCGAACCAUGUGCACUGCCCAAAGCUUCUGGGGCUCCCAGAGAAGAAUGGGGCAAAAUGUCAUUUUUUGGGCCUGUGCACUUUACCUGCUCCCCCUAAUUGGUAAAAGUCGCAGGUUUCAGUUUGCAGGAAACUGAGACAGGUUUGGGCAGCAUGGUGCCUCGGGGUUGGUCAGGUUCUCUUUGGGAAUGUUGUGUGAGCGCUCGCCAGUUCUCUUUUGUCCCUCUGCAAAGCCGUCUCUCAACGCUGCCUGUAAGGGGGAGAAAAGGAAACCUGACGCUUUGUUGCCAGUUACUAUUGUUAAAACCAAAAUUUAUAACAAUAGCAAAUUACGUAUAAAGUAACAGCAAGGCUGUCGGUCCAUUGAAGAUUUCGGAGGUUGGUUAAUCAUUUUUUUCAUUUGGCCUUGCCAACAGGUUGCUAGUCCAUAAUGUUAUUUCAUAGAAUCAAAUACUUGUAUGCAAUUCUUGUAUUGCACCUGCAAUGCAAGAAGUUGGACUAAAUGACCCUCAGGGUCUCUUCCAGCUCUAUUUAUUUAUUUCGAUAUAUAUUUUUUUGUCCCACCUCUCCUUCAAGGGGGGCGUACAUGGUUCUCCCUCUCCCCAUUUUAAACUCAUAACAACCCCAUGGAGUAAGUUAUGGCUGAGAAAUGGUGACCAGCCUCAAGGUCACCCAGUGAACUUCAUGGCUGAGUGUGGCAUAAUAAUAAUAAUAGUAAUAAUCAUAAUAAUAAUUUAUUGUUUAUACCCCGCCCAUCUUGCUGGGUCUCCCCAGCCACCCUGGGCAGCUUCCAACAAAGUAUUAAAAUACAUUCUCACCAUUCCACCACGCCUGCCCUCCCUACUUUGUUUCCAUCGUCUUCAGCAGGCCAAGAGCCUGAAAGCAAGAAGGAGAAACAAGGACAUGGGACCUUCUACAUGCCAAGCAGAUGACUUGCCCCUGAGCUUCAUCCCUCACCCCCUGCUGCUCCCCAGGAACGGGUCUUCAGAGAUGUGCUCUCCUACCUUCUUGCAGGUGCGACUGCUGUCCUUCUGAGGCCCAGGGAGAAGACCUUGCCCCCCACCCCACCAUGCUCCGAAGGCUCCUGGAUCGGCCCUGCACUUUGGCUCUCCUCAUUGGCUUCCAGUUUGCCUUCAUGGCUUAUUUCUCCUUUGGUGGCUUCCGGAACUUGGCCUCGAUAUUUGGGCACGACGCCAACCCGUCCUUCGACUACUCCCGGACCCACGACGUCUACACCAACCUCAGCCUCCUGCCUCAGCAGCCCCGCUAUGGGAGCCCCACUCAGUCUCUGCCCUACUGCCCGGAGCGGUCGCCGUACCUCAGUGAGUGGGGCCUGUGACCACGUUGCUCAAUGUGGAGGUCAAAACUGCAGGGUGAGGGGUGGUUCAAUGUAGGUUCCGACAUACGAGGGGCUUAAGAGUCUCCCUUGUCCUAGAAAUACAGAGAAUCACGAUCGGCUUUGAAAUGGCGAUGGGGAAUGUUGCACCCAGGGGCUGAAUGUGGCCCUCCAUGUGUGUCUCUCUGGCCCUUGCUACUCUCUCCAAGUUGCAUACCACACCAGCCCUGCCUGCUCCAUGCCCUCCUUGCGUGCGUUCGCUCUUGAACUGUAACAAUGCCUUCUGCUUACCUGCAUGGAGAGAGGUUUGUGUGUGCGUGAGGAAAAAUGCUGACUUCUGUGCUAUACAUGUAAGGCACUAUUAUGCCACUUUAAACAGUCAUGGCUUCCCCCAUUGCAUCCUGUGAUCUGCCAUAUGCUAAGCAAGCUGAGAAUUGUUAGGAACCCCUCCUAUUUCCCUUGCACAGCUACAGUCCCCAGAGUUUCCUGGGAACAGGAAUUAACUGUUAAACCAGUCCGGAAAUUGUAGCUCUGGGUGGGUGGGGAACGGGGGUCUGCUAGCAACUCUCAGCACCCUUAACAAACCACAGGUUCCAAGUUGUAUUACGCUGCUUUAAAUCCACAGUGCAGAGGUGGCCCUUUGCAUGGCCUACAGUAGAAAAUUAAGAGCUGCAUUUGUUGCCCUGACACUUUUGCCUCUAGCUCUGUCCUGCACUGGCAUGUGGCCUCCAGAAUAUGACCCACGAGGCCCUCAGGCUGGAAAAAGUCCUCCGCUUUGUUUUCCAAAAUGUUUUAGGUUCUCGAAGGCCGCAGAGAAAACUAUUCCCAUGAAAGCUCAGUAUUGCCGGAUUAAAACUCAGACGCAAAAUGUGGGUGGGUGUAUGCAAGAUUACAAAGUCUCUCAAAGCCACUUAAAAAAUAAAUAAGAUAAGGCGGUUAUCACAGCUUUAUGCCUGGUAGUCUCUUUGUCUGCUGCUUGGGCCUGGGUAAAUGUUUAAUUAUUAGAUCACAUGGCACCCCGUUAAGUGGCUGAGCCUUUUCAAAGUUGCUGAAGGAGCAGUUUCGUAUUGCUGUGUAUGAGCUUGAUCACUUUUCCUGUGGAAUUCCUGUUGCAGGAGGGAAAUCCCACCCUCAGAGGCCAAAUAUGGCCCUUCGGGCCUCUCUGAACGGCCCUUACAACUCUCCCCAGGCCACACCCCUCACCCACCCUGCUUUGCAGCUUUUGCGGUUUUGGUCCUGUUGAACUCUGCCUCUUGCUUAUCUGGAGGGUGGAUGGAGAAGGGUGCGAGAGAGCAGGUGCAGAAGCUAGCCUGUUGCACAAGGAUGAAAUUAAUGUGUGUUGCUCCACCCACCACUGGCAUGCGGCCCUCAAGAGGUAGCCAAGAACAGAGUGUAGUCCCUGGGCUGGGAAAUGUUCCCCACUCCCUUCCCAGUUGCAAUGAACAGUUUAACCCUGUGUUUGUCUACUCACGUGUCAGUCCAUUGAGUGCAGUGGGGCUGAUCUUCCAGGGAUGUGUGGGCAGGAUUUUCAAGCAUGCCCCAGUACCUGUCCAUUGUCUGUGAUUUCCGUGCUACUCGUUGCUUCUCUUUUCCCCUUUGUUAGAUGUUGAGACUGUAAGCUCCUUGGGGCAGGGGCUUGUCCUUCUGCACUCUGUAAAAAUGGCAUGCAAACUGACAGCCCUGCCAGUACACAGUAUAAAGGUAAAGGGACCCCUGACCAUUAGGUCCAGUCGUGACCGACUCUAGAGUUGUGGCGCUCAUCUCGCUUACUGGCCGGCGUACAGCUUCCGGGACUAAGCUGCUUCUGGCAAACCAGAGCAGUGCACGGAAACGCCGUUUACCUUCCCGCCAGAGCGGUACCUAUUUAUCUACUUGCACUUUGACGUGCUUUCGAACUGCUACGUUGGCAGGAGCAGGGACCGAGCAACGGGAGCUCAUCCCGUCGCGGGGAUUCGAACCACCGACCUUCUGAUCGGCAGGUCCUAGGCUCUGUGGUUUAACCCACAGCGCCACCCGCGUCCUUAGUACACAGUAUAAUUGUGUACUAAUUACAACAGUAACUUGAGCAAAUGAAAGUUACCACUCCUCCAAGGUGGGGUGGAGAACCUGUGGCCCUCUAGAUGUUUCUGAACUAUGAGUCCCAUCAUGCCUCACCAUUGGCCAUGCUGGCUUGGGCUGAUGGGAGCUGGAGUCCAGCAGGUUCCCUUGACGUGAUUUAAGGCAAGGGUUCUGAAACUGUGGUCCACAGAUUGCCAGUGGACUGCGAGCGUCAGUCAGGUGGUCCCUGGCAUGUCAGUAAAAAUGUAUCAUUUGCAUCACAAUUUCCAGAACUCAGUCCUACUGGAUUCAGCAGCACUUUCUCCUGGGGUGUGUAUAGGAUCGCAAUCUAUAUUUUUAACUUAGGCCAGGAAUCCUCAACUUUUGGGGGCCCAGGGGCACAUUUGGAAAUCUAAGAAACUUCUUGCCCCCACAAAGUACCCAUUUCACAGGUGGAAAAACCGGUGAGUCUCUCACACACAUCCAAAGAGGCAAAAUGCUUACAUGCACUUUUUUACAUGCACUUGCAUGGACUGCAGACCAACAGAUAAGCAGGCUACCCUCCCUUGAUUUAUUUUUUUUUAAGAGAAUAGGAGGGGGGUUGGGGAAACUGAUGGCACCAUAAUGGGUGCCUUGUUAGCUACCUCAGAUCUAAGCUGACAGUGCAGUCUAAUAGGAAAAAGAUAAUAUAGCAACCCAUCUACUUGUGCCAAGAUGGUUUCAAGAAACACACAGCUUCCAAAAGUCAAUAGAAAAGUAAAAGGCAGAAGAUAUAUUUUUCACCCCUGCCUUAAAGCAAAAGCCCAGAAUAUCCAGGAAAAUAGUUUUAAGGUUAAAAACAGAGCUAACGGUAAGAAUGUUAAUAGCGCCAAAAUUAUACCAUGCAUGAUUAUAUAUAGCAACAGUGUUUUGGUAGUGAAGAUCUAGGAACGUAGAGUUGUAUGAAGCUUAUUUUUUUAUUUUCUAAAAUUUAUACACCUGAGGAUAAAAAAGUGUUUUUACCCUAAACAGCCAAGUUCUACUCAGAGUUUAGAUCCAUUGAAAUUAAUGGAGAUGACCAACUUGGCUCCACGAAUUUCAACGAGUCUACGUGUUCAUACAUAUAACAAUUUUGAGUCGCUCCCAGAGCUGCGAUUCCAAGAGUAGUUUUAACAACCAAUUCCUUUCCCUAGGGAAUUCUGAGUAUUGUAGCUUUGGAGGGACUUGGGAGUGUCUUGUAACAACUUCCAGCACGUUUAACAAAUGACAGUUUGUUUAGGAUUCUUUGGGGGCAAGCUGGGACAGGUUAAAGUGGUGUCAUAGUCCUUUAUAUUUAUAAUAUGGAUAUGGAACAGAAGGUAAGAGAGAAGACCUGGCCACCUCCCUCAGCCGAACGGCCUGGAUUAGGAAGAGGGUGGCAGGCCUGGAACCCUUUUAUAGCAGGUAGUGGCACAGGAUUGGCUGCCCGGUGUCACAUGACUUCUUUGGGCCUGGAGGAUGCUGGGCUGUGGUGAUGGUGCCUUGGCUUGAGAUGCCCACAGAUGCCUCCUCUAGUGAUGGCGGCUCCAGUGGCGCAGGGAGCCAGAAGGGCCAUAGCUCAGUGGCAGGGCAUCACCUUUGCAUGCAGCAGGUCCCAGGUUCAAUCCCCAGCCUCUCCAGACAGGGCUGAGAAUGUCCGCCAUCUGAAACCGUGAAGAGCUGCUGCCAGGCAGUGCAUGCAGCGCUGACCCAGAUGGACCAGUGGGUCUGACUCAGUUUAAAGUGCGCUUCCCGUUCUCCUGACUCGUUGCACUGUCCACCUGGGGCUGCCGCAGUCAUAUUAAGAGCAGCAACUCCCAACCCAGAUUGCUCUGACUUAUUUUAUUAUAAAGGAAAGAUGUUGAGGGUGCUUCUCUCUAGUCUUGUGGGAUUAUCCCUGACCCAGAUGUCCUUGGCGUGGGGACAAAGCAACAUUUGCUCCUAACAGCUUGUUAUCCUUGUCUUUGCAUGCACAUCUAUCGUUCCAUUUUUCUGGGAAAUCCUGCUUAUAGCUUAAAACUUUGUCGCCACACCUGACACGCACAGCGUCUCCUCGCGCCAUGGAAGGAAAGGUUAGUUUAGCUCCCUGCCUCUGGGGUGAGAGAUAUUUAGAUAGAGGCUUUCGUGUCGGGUAUUCAUGCAGGCCUCAUGAAGACUAGAAACUUGGGCAGAUUCUUUGGGGUCUUUUGGAACGCUGCAUCAGAGAGAUGAGGCAAGCAGCUCUCGUUGGAAGACCCCAGUGCCUGCAUGUGAAUUUUUGAUUCUGUUCUUGUUCUCCUCUCACCCUACCGACUCUCAUCUCAGUUGGCCCCCUGACAGUGAGCUUCAGCCAGGUGCCGAAUCUGGAGCAGAUCCAAGAGAAGAACCCGGCGGUGGGCCUUGGGGGCAGGUACCGCCCUUCUGCCUGCGAGCCACGCUCCCGGACAGCCGUCAUCAUCCCGCACCGCAACCGGGAGACGCACCUGCGCCACUUGCUCUACUACUUACACCCCUUCCUCCAGCGCCAGCAGCUGCAGUAUGGGAUCUAUGUGGUCCAUCAGGUGCGUUUCUUUGGGAUUUAUGUGCAUGGGAAAGAGAGAUUAGUUCAAUGCAACCCAGGGGUGGAGGCAGUGCCGGAUUUAUGUAUAACCUAAAUAAGUGAUAGCUUAGGGCCCCAUUCUCUUGGGGGCCCCAUAAAAAGUUAAAGGAAAAGAACCUGGAUGUACAUUUCCAAAAUAUAAGAUAAAAAACAAAUAAAAUUAAACGUACAUACUGCAACAGUGUUUUGUGUUGUGUAGGCUCCUAUGAUGUAAGUAAUGGGUCCUGCUUGCUUCCUAAAAUACCAUAUACAGUGGUACCUCGGGUUACAGACUCCGCUAACUCAGAAAUAGUACCUUGGGUUAAGAACUUUGCUUCAGGAUGAGAACAGAAAUCGUGCUUCGGCGGUGCGGCGGCAGGAGGAGGCCCCAUUAGCUAAAGUGGUGCUUCAGGUUAAGAACAGUUUCAGGUUAAGAACGGAUCUCCGGAACGAAUUAAGUUCUUAAUCUGAGGUACCACUGUAUAUCACAUAUAUAUAGCAUAUAUUCAACACAAAAAACAGCAACAAUUUGUUGUUGACAAAGGACAGCUGGACAUAUAAAGGGCCCCAUUACCUUCAGUAGCUUAGGGCCUCAUCAAGCCUAAAUCCGGCCCUGGGUGGGGGAACCUCAGGCCCAAAGCAGCCAGCCAGAGGCCUGGCCCUCAGGACUCAAAGGUGCCAUGCAAAGUUUGCACCCAGCUUUUGACCACUUGUAACCAAGUGAAGAUGCCCAGGCACCAGGACAGUGCCUGACAUCUCCACCAUCUGGGGGUCAUUGGAACUUGGCUGUUUUCCCACACUAAUACACCACCCUGUGGAAUUCUACCAGUUAUAUUUUAUCUGCACAAUCGGAAUGAAUUUUGGGAACCAAAAUGCUUUUUCUGGGCAGCUGGAGCAGGCGCAGUCACCAUUAAGGAAAGGUCGGAAUAGGCCAAUAUAUAUGUGGCCUCUCCCUAGAUCAAGUGACUUUUCUUCUUUAAGUUCUCAGAGCUCUUAACCUAGCUCAAGGUGGCCAUCUGAACUAGCCAGAUGUUUAACUGAGAAUCCAACACAGUCCAUCAUUUGAAAAGACAGACUUUAGAGUCGUAUCUCCUCACAAAAUGGCAACUAAAACUUCUGUUCCGGCGACUGUAACCUUGUUUUAAGGAGCCAUUUGGCACUGAGUUUAUUUAUCUGAGUUUCUGAGUUUAUUUAUCUGAGUUUCUGACGGGGCUGGGCCUCAUGAGUCUUGCUCCUCGCCCUGUUGCCACUUCUUCCCUCUCAACCCUGCUUCUCCGUAGGCUGGCAAUGCGACUUUCAACCGGGCGAAGCUGCUGAAUGUGGGCGUGAAGGAAGCCCUAAAGGAUGAGGAGUGGAACUGUCUCUUCCUCCACGAUGUUGACCUCAUUCCCGAGAACGACCACAAUCUCUACAUCUGCGACCCGUGGAGUCCCAAGCACGUCUCUGUCGCCAUGAACAAGUUUGGCUACAAGUGAGAAGGCAGGGAUAGGGGAGGGCAGGACUGAUCGCACCAUGCUUUGAGGUGGUUGUCUUCUGGGCUGGCUCCAUGGUGUUACUUUUUGGGGGGGAAAAAUAUAUGUAUUAAUUUUUAUACAGCACGUAACAACCAAGAGCAGAAUGAACGUAUAAACAUUAGAAAAUGUAAAAACAAGUGCAGAAUCCAACAGGUUUCCAAAGAAAAAGGGGUAAAGUGAGUGCCAAAUACUGAAAUUAUCGUCUCUUCAGAGCUGGCCAUGUUUGUGAGGUGGUUUCCUUGUUUGGUUAGAACAAUUAACGUAUUUUGAAGAAUGGGAAACCAAUCAAUAAGGAAAUGAUCCUUGCCUUGACUUUCCUGGAGCCUUUUUAACCACACUGGUUGUUUUUUCCAGACAAUGAAAUUGUUCGAAAUCUGUGUCGAAUGUUUCGUGUUCUAGCUUUCACCAUUUCUGGGCUAUUUCAAAACAGAAGCAGAAAACGUAAUCAGGUCCUGAUGCUCCUCCUCAAAAAGGCUCUUGUGUUUUGAGGGCAGCACUCACUCCAUUUCAUUAAAUUCAUAGAAUCAGUUCAAAAAAAAUAAAAUAUCCAAACUACACCCAAAAGUAAUUCCCCAUCAUUGCCAAGCGGGCCAAAUAUGAAUUAAGUUUGAUUUGGGCUAGGACUUUCCAUCUAUAUGCAGUACACAAGCACAUGCGAAAAAGCAAAUGCUUUGCAAAUUUGGGUAAAGAGCCUUUCCCACCCCCAACCCCGUGUCUUCGAAAUACCUAGUGCGGGGGUUUUCCAGUGUCACUUAAAACAACUUAACAAUGCUGGCUUUUCUCUCCAUUUUCCCACUCCAGCCUCCCAUAUUCGCAGUACUUUGGCGGUGUGUCGGCCCUUACCCCGGACCAGUACCUAAAGAUCAACGGCUUCCCCAACGAGUACUGGGGCUGGGGAGGCGAGGACGACGACAUUGCCACGAGGUGAGUCUCCCUCGUUCACCCCUCUCUUUCCGUGGUGGCCGUUGUCUCUUCGCCCUCUGCUGUCCGACCUGCAACCAUUUCUCCCACUCGCUUAGAACAUGCAUUGCUCUUUUUGUUUUGGCACCUGACUCGGCGGGAACUGUAGCUGAGGGGUUGGCGGUGGUUCGUUCAGUUGUUUAGAGCAUGGCGCUGAUAACGCCAAGGUUGCAGGUUCGAUCCCCGUAUGGGAUGACUGUAUAUUCCUGCAUUGCAGCGGGGUCAAACUGGAUGAUCCUCAGGGACCCUUCCAACUCUGCAAUUCUUGGAUUCUGUUUUUUAAACCCUGUUGGUAACCUUGCACGCCAGUCUCUGGAAACCACAGGAGUGUGUAGUUAAAUGAUAGAGCUCUCUCCUGCAGAAGGCAGUGAUGAUUACCAACUUGGUGGCUUUAAAAUAGGAUUGGACAAAAUUAAUGGGUUGGUUUUUUUUAAGACUUGCUGUUGUACUCGGUUCCUGUUUGCAGGCUUCCUGUCGUCAUUGAGAGAACAGGAUGCUGGACUAGAUGGGCCUUUGGCCUGAUCUAGAAGAAUUAUUAUCCUCUUGGCUAUCUUACAGUGCCUGCGAAGAAGGCACUGACCUGUGCGUUUUUCAGAGGCAACUCUACCAACUUAAAAAGGACUAGAAACUAGAAAGAGAGAGAGAAAGAGAAAGAAAUAAAAAGUGGUAGAAGCAGCUCAGAUUCUUAAAUUCCAGGCCGGAUAAUCAUUCUUCGUGCUUUUCCCCCUUGCGAUUGUGCAGAACUGUGGCAUAAGUGUAGCCAUGGUUUUUAGGCUAAAAAUGGGCAGUGGGAAGAGUAGCUGCAGCUGGUAGGUUUACGAUCUUUGGUAUUGUUGUUUUCCCUGCCUGUUGCAAGACUCUGAGAUUAUUGGAGCACUGGUUUCCCCACCCUGCCUCUGUUCCACUCCCUACUUCCCACUCUGCAACUGGAGUGCUGUUUUCCUUCUCAUCGCCUUCAUUAUCAUCUCUUUUUAUCUCUUUCUUCCACCCUGCCUUGUGCACGCUGUCGGAUCCUUGCAUGCUCAUUUUUCCCACGCAGGCUGUGGCGGUUUGGGCUGCAGCGUUCAGGUAAGGUGAGAAAAUUGCAGCAAGCCUGAUGACGCGCCCAGCUCUGUAAUCCCAUGUGUUUGUUGCAUUAGGGUUUGAACUUGUUGGCGAAUUGAAUGUCUGUGAUGCCAUGGGAUGUUCACAAAUGCUCCAACACUGGGGUGGUGGUGGUCUCUUGUGAGAUGUUGUCGGGUCAGCUCAGCAACGGUGAGAGAAGGUGGAAAGGGAAACUGCACAGAACAAUGAGAUUUUAAAUGGAAAGGCGGGGCUAUAAAUGUUUUCUGAGGGUUGUGCCCAACUUAGUUUUACUCGGGGUAAAAUUCACAGAGAUUAUCCAUGUUUGUUAACUUCAGUGGGUGUAUUCUGAAUAGAACUAGCUUUGUAUAUAAUCCAAAGAUCUGUGCUCUUGUAAGCAACAGAUGUGAAGCUUUAAUUUUGCUUAUUUGAUCCCAAAGAAUGCAUGUCCAGAAUUUUUGAGGUGAUAAAGGAAUUUUCUAAUGGGGCACCAGAAGAGAAACUUAAUCUAUCCCUGCAGACAUUAGAAUUUGAGUACCUAACACCUCACCAACCUGGGUUUAGCACACUUGUGAGCCACUUACUAGGAAUUGGGCCACAUCCACCCCAUACAUUUAAAACACUACGACACCACUUUAAACUGUCAAUUCCCAAAGAAUCCUGGGAAAUGUAGUUUGUUAAGGGAGCUGAGAGUUGUUAGGAGAACCCUGUUCUCCGAGAACUACAGAGUUCCCUGAGAAGAAAGAUGGAUGGCUAAAUAACUUUGGAAAUUGUAGCUUUAUAUUUAAGGAGGGUGUAGAUCAGGGCAGUGAGGUGUAGUCUUUAUUUAUUUUAUUUGUUAGUUGCUUUUCUCACAGGGGAACCCAAAGCAACUUACAUUAAAACCGAUUAGGAACAUCCAAUAAAAAUCCAAAAAGUACCACUAAACGGAUAAAGCAGAGCACGACUUAGCGAUCCCACCUCAUUCAAAGAGGCCACAAUGCUAUUCUUCAAAUUAAGGGCCAAAAGUCUGGGUACCUGGCACCUAAAAAUAAAGAGAUGCCUCUGUGGAAAGAGCAUUCUGCAAGCAGGGGGCCACCACAAAAAAAGGCCCAAUAUUGUGUUGCCACCUUCUGAACCUCCUGUGGAGGAGGCACUUGAAGAAGGACUGCAGAUGAUGUUUGCAGGGUCCAGGUCAGUUCACGUGGGAAGAGAGAGGCGGUACUGGGGUCCUGAGCCACGGAAGUCUUUAUAGGUCAAAACCUGCACUUUCAAUUUUGCAUGGAAACCAAUUGGCAGCCAGGAUGAUUGUGCCAGAACUGGCGCUAUUUGUUCAGACUGUCCUGACCCAGUCAGCAAUUUGGCCUCUGAAUUCUGCACCAGCUGCAGUUUCCGAAUGGUCUUCAAAGGCAGCCCCGUGUGUAGCACAUUGCAGUAGUCCAGCUCUGAGGUUACCAGAGCACAGGCGACAGAAUUAGGCUGUUCCUGUCCAGAGACGGAUGCCAGCAGCUGAAGCUGAUGGAAGCCACUCAGUGCCACUAAGGCUGCUUGAGACUGAUGGAUACAGAGGUAUUGAAAGACUAUGCCUUUUACUUCAGAGAGACUGUAACUGCAGCCAAGGUACGACCUGUAGAGAGAGUUCUAAGGGCCAAAUAGAGAAGCCUGGAGGGCCGCAUUCACAACCACCCUGGGCCUGAGGCUCGCUAUCACCGCUUUGCAAAAAAACCCCACAUAAGGCUUGGGAAAGAGGCAGGAUCCCAGCCCCAGGGAGGUUACAAUCUUAAGAUUUGCCAGUGAGGGGUGGCAGGAAGGGGGAGGAGAGGGAACUAAGAGACAUGGAUAACAAAGGAUUAAUAAAAUUGGUACUUGGUUCCAACAGGCUCACCCAGGGAAGCAUUUUGGCUCCCAAAUUGUGCCUCUCUUCAAUGGAUUUGACUAGGACUGUGCGUCGCCAUGGCAACUGUUCCACCUCCUGCUGUGAGGGAACAGCAGUGGAAUGCUUAACCUUGAGCGAAGAUAAAGGAAAAGCGAGAGAGAGAGAGACCCGAGUGGGUAGGGGUAGGAGGGAAUUGGCUGUGAGGGCGUGCCUACGCUCUGCUUCUGGAAAAUUCCCUGUGCAAAAGCGUUGGCGUUAAAAGAGAGGGGGGAUGUUUAGCACAGCAAUGCACAUUACCCACCUCCUGAUUGGUCAGGAGUCCAUGACCUCAGAGCAGGUUCGACAUCUCUGUUAGGGAGCUCCCCAGGCAAGGUGCCUCUGGAGAUGCCCAAGCCAUCUGACUAAAUCCUCAGCGCUGGCCCAAGAUAUUUUGCCACCUGAGGCAAAAAACAAAAUGGCGUCCCCUUCUCUUCUCGCACUCCCCAUUCUGUGUACAGAAGCUGGCAGGCCUAGCAGUUGACUCUUAUCGAACAUUGUCAAUGAGAUAGCGUCACCCACUGUUCCUAAGGCAGCAUGCUGCAUGUGUCUGUGCAUUUAUUUGGCGACAUCUGCACCCUUAGGCAUUCUUGUACCACGUCAACCGUCAUGGCUUUCCUCCUGACAAAGGAUCUUGCGAACGGCAGUUUGUUAAGGGUGCUGAGAGUUGUUAGGAGACCACUGCUACAACUCAGAGUGAUUUAAUAGCCAAUCCUGCUUCACAAGGAACUCUUGAGAACUGUGGCUCUGUUAGGGUAGCUGAGCACUCUUAACAAACUACAGCUCCCAGAAUUCUUUGGGAGAAGCCAUGGCUGUUGAAAGGGUUGCCGUGGUGCUUUCAAUGUGUGGUGUGGACAAGGUCUAAGUUGGUAGUUAAUGGACAGCCUUUGCCAUGCUUCCAGCAGCAGUGUAACAUGAUAGUGACAGUCUAUCCCAGUGAGCAGUUUGGCUUGCUGUGUGACAGGCCUGUGGCAGACCUAGCUCUGGUCUCCAAUGGAGAGGGGUUGGCGGUGGACAUGCUGUUGCCACCACCACUCCCCGCACUCCUAAACAUGUUGCCUGAGGCACCUGCUCCACUGUGGCUAACGAUAGGGCCGGGCUAGCAAAUCCUAAUUUGGCCUCCUUGCUUCUGUGUCUCCAGGGUGCGCCUGGCCGGCAUGAAGAUCUCACGGCCUCCUGUCUCUGUCGGCCACUACAAGAUGGUGAAGCAUAAGGGAGAUAAAGGCAACGAGGAAAAUCCACACAGGUGUGCUGCUUCCUCCCUCCUCCCACUCACCCCCCCCAAAAAAACACCUCUGCAGUUGGAGGAAUAAUCAUUUUAUUAUUUGUACCCUGUCCAUCGGGUUGCCCCAGCCACUCAAGGCGGCUUCCAUCAUAUACAAAAACAUAAUAAAACUUUAAAUUUCUAAAACUUGCCUGAACGGGGCUGCCUUCAGAUGUCUUCUACAUGUUGUGUAGUUGUUUAUCUCCUUGACAUCUGAUGGGAGGGCAUUCCACAGGUAGGGGGGCCACUACCAAGAAGACCCUCUGCCUGGUUCCCUCACUUCUUGUAGGGAGGGAACCAGCUCUCGGACGUGGACCUCAGUGGGUGAACGAUGGGAGUGGAGAUGCUCCUUCAGGUAUACUGGGCCGAGCCAGUUUAGGACUUCAAACGUCAGCAGUAACACUUUGAAUUUUGCUCCAAAACGGUCCUGGGAGCCAACAUAGGUCUUUUUAUAUAUAGUUAUCCUUAUCUCCUGCCAACCUAGCAGUUCGAAAGCACGUCAAAGUGCAAGUAGAUAAAUAGGUACCGCUCCGGCGGGAAGGUAAACGGCGUUUCCGUGCGCUGCUCUGGUUCGCCAGAAGUGGCUUAGUCCUGCUGGCCACAUGACCCGGAAGCUGUACGCCGGCUCCCUCGGCCAAUAAAGCGAGAUGAGCUCCACAACCCCAGAGUCGUCCACGACUGGACCUAAUAGUCAGGGGUCCCUUUACUAGGUAUCCUUUAUUAGGCAUAGCAAACCACACAUUAUCAAACAGACACCGUAUACAAAUUGUGCAAAAUAUGAGCUCAACAUAACAAGGUUUGUCCUGGUCAGAUCUUUAACUCCAGAGAAAAUCAAUUUGCAUAAAUAAUACAAUACAGCGCUACCGAAUCCCCGAUCAAUUAAGAACCACUAAUUUAUUAUUAUUCUGACUCCCUCCUUUGGCAAUCCUCACAGAACUUCUAAUCCAAUGGUUGCCAUUAAUUUGAUUGGAAUUAAUUUUAUAAUGAAAUGAUUUUAGAAUGUUUUAUCGUUUUACUGUUGUUAGCCGCUCUGAGCCCGGCUUCGGCUGGGGAGGGUGGGAUAUAAAUAAAAUUGAUUCUUCUUUAUUAUUCUCUUUAUAACGACCCAGUCUUUCUACAUGAACAGCACUUUCAGGACCUGUGGCAGAAGAGUGCUUUCAGUGUGUGGCAGAAAUGGGACCUUGCGCAUACUCACUCUCUCUGUCUCUCCCCAACCCCGUAGGUUUGACCUGCUGAUCAGGACGCAUCGGGCUUGGACCCAGGACGGGAUGAACUCCCUCUCGUAUACCCUCCUCUCCAAGGAGCUGCAACCACUGUACACCAACAUCACGGCCGACAUCGGCACUAACCCUCGGGCCACCCGGGGCGGCAAGGGCUCGAUCCCCAGCCUCGGCGGCAGGAACUAUCCGAGCGGCAGCAACCACGACUUCCGCCAGGAGAUGCUGCGCAAGACUCCUUUUGCCAAACUCUCCCGGGCCAUGGGUUGGGGGGAAGUGCCCUUCGGGACUAUCCAGGCCCUGCUGGAUUCGGCGACGGGAGAGCGGGGGGCUCCCAAAGCGGAGAAGACGAAAACCAGCCCCACAGCGGGGAAGGCGGAGCGGGAGGUGGGGUCCCCCCGUGCGGCGGCUGGCAGCACCAGGCCAGGAAUCCUCAGAACGGUCGUCCUGGCAGCGGCACCCAGUGCGGAAGCUGCGAAGCGAGAAGCAGAGGAUGCUGGGAAGCAUCUACCCGGGCGAGGGGAGGCAGAGUUUUUCAAGACCCCUGCCUCCCCGGUCCAGAAGCCCAUGAGCAAUCACACUGGCCCAGGAAGCGCCGGCUAGGGCGGGUGCAGUCCAAGCCGGUGGGCACUAGGCGCCACAGCCAAGCCUCAAGCCUCUAGAACCAAUCGUAGGAGUUGCAAUAAUAAUCAGGCUGUGGCCUAGAGCCCAUCGGGCUGCCUUCUCUGUGUCUGCUGGGUCACCAGGGCCCAACAAACCCGGACUGGACAAUGGAGAGAGACCUGGGAGGGGCAAUAAAUGGUAGUUAAAUUUCCACUGGGGGGGGAAUACACUCCACAUUCUGAUCCCUCAGUGAUUGACUCCUGGUUCCACCUGCGGUGCCAUCUCCUCCCGAAGACUUUGGCCCUACCUCAGAGGUGCCACCAACUUUCUGCAGAAGAGUUAGGCCUCGCUGCUGCGCAGCCGUAACCCCUUGGCUUUGGGGCUGACUCUCACUGUGGGGCCUGGGGGUGUUCUGUACUGUUAAAGGGGGUCAUUAAGCUGCUGUGACAUUUGCGUGCUGGUGGAUUUUGUCGGAGGCAGUAGACAGAACAGGGGGAAGAGGUGGCUGCGUACGACUGAAGUGAAGGAGGGCACAUCCACCAAGCUCCAUCCUGUCGCUGGUGCCAGGCUCCCUCGGAAGCAAAGGCCCUUCCUGCAAAAGCCCUUGGGCUCAUGCCGUCCCCGGGGGAAAGACGCAGGCCUCUUCCCUGCCUGGUUUGGAGAAGGGGUCACUCCACAGCCUGGCGCUGCUGGGUGACUUCUUCAAAAGGCUGGCAAAGCGGGGAUCUCCUGCUUAGCCAGACAUUUUGAAAGAAAUAUGUCCGUAUACAAACACUAUUUUUCUGGCUCCCUCCUUCCUUAAGAGGAGGAACUGUGCCCAAUCGAGGUGCUGGUGGUGAACCUAACAUUUGGUAGGAGAGAGGUCUGUGUCCCCACCCCCAUCAAACCACCUCCUAGCAGAGAAUGGAAGCCUAGAUGGCUGCUUCCUGCAGUUCUCUGAACCAACCCCUCUCAUGUUUUCUGGAGCUGGACGCGGAUGGAUGCUGGAACCUAUUUAUUCAUUCUGAGCCAAGCAAGAAAUCCCUUUUUUUAAAAUAUCCAAGGAUUAGGGCCACAUUCACACCACGCAUUGAAAGCGUUACGAUGCCACUUUUGUGGUCAUGGCUUCCCCCCAAAAAUUAUGGGAGAUGCGGUUCGUUUGGGGUGCUGAGAGUUGCUGUGGGGUCCCUGGUUCACCUCACGAAUGGGAUUUAGCGUUCAAUCCCUCUUCACAGGGAACUCUGGAUUUCAGCUCUGUGAGGGGAAGGGCAGGGGGUCAUCUCCCACAACUCUCAGCACCUCAAUAGUUCCUAUGAUUAUUUGGGGGAAGCCAUUUAAAAUGGUAUGAUAGGUCUUUAAAUGUAUGGCAUGAAGGUGGCCUAGCUUCAUUUUUGGGUCAAAAGUGGGGCUACUUCUCAACUUUGGGCUGUCGUGCAAUAUAUUCCUUCCCAAGGAGGUCCCUUUUUAAUGGUGUAGUGCCAUUUUUUGUACCCUAAUCCCCAUCCCAAAUAGGCUAAGGUGCCCGCUGGAUGCCUGCCCUCUCAGGCUGUUUCUAGCACCUUGGGCCCCCUUCCUUGCCUGAAAAAAGGCCUAUGUGGACCAUUGGAAAUGGGGUUUGAUCAGCCCUGUACUUUCUGUAGCUGCUGAAUCAUGGUGGUUUUUAAAAUCAAAAUAAGCUGGAAAGGGGAUAGAUUGUAAAACUUCCUGUGAACGGACGUUAUAGUGAUAUAGUUAACAUUACACAGUGCCCUCUUCCAGCUCUACACAUUCACACACACAUUUUUCUCUCUCAGGGCUGGUCCCAGCCUGCAACCUGUGCCCCCCACCCCACCCCACCCCCCGGCCUCAGAAAAGGCCCUUUCCUCUUCCUCUCCGCAGGUGUGCGUCUCACAAUCGCUCUAGCUGUUGGCAGUGGUGUGUAGUUAUUUAUUCUAUUUAUGGAGUCCUCGUUCUCUCUCGCUGUAGCUACUGUCCCUUGCCUCAGUUUUUGAUAAACCGAUUUUUUUAAUGAAAUAAAAACAUGGUCCGUGGAUUAAAGAGGAAAUGAGUGAGCUGUUUUCCCUGGUUAAGAGCGGCUGCCUGGCCCUCUGCAGGCAGGAGUGGCCAACCUCUGGGCCAGAGCUCAGGUGUGGCCCUCGGGCCUUCUCUAGGUGGCCCUUGGGGACUGUCCCCUCCAGGCCCACUCACCUUGUGUGCCUUUGCUUGGGUUGGACUGUGCCCUUGUCCUUGAAUAAUGUUGCUAGGAGGGUGGAGAGAUGUGUGGGUAGGGGUAGAAUCCUCUGGCUUUUGUGUGGCUGGAAUAUAACCUCCAAAUGCAGCCACUUUUGCCUCUGCCCUGCACCAAACCCCCAAUGUGCAGCCCCUGGAAGGCUGCAAUGAGGGAAUGUGGGCUUCAGGCAAUAAAAAGAUCAGCUGUGGGACAG